UCCUCUCCCCCGGGAACAUCCAGCAAGAAUCCAGGCCGAGAGAUUUGACGUCAGGGAGCGCUUUCGUCCUUUUGACGUGGAAGCGCUCAUUCCCCAUUCCGGCCGUGGCGGCUCCGAGCCCGGCUCCAAGCAUGAGACGAGCAGAGAGCGAAGGAGGCGACGACGGCGAGGCACUUUCUUAGCAACUGCCCGCUCCUUCCUCUCCCGUAGCAACCAGAGCCGGAGGGACUUUCCUCGCCUUCUCCAGCGACGACUCCCGAGUUCUCCGGCUGCCUCCUCUUCUCUCAGCACCCGUUUCCUUCUCCCCCUCCCGGAGAGUAACCCCUUUGGCUCUGCCGGGGCCAUGGAAAAGAGAUGCCGGGCAGGGCAGGGAGUGAUGGGGGCUCUCCUCUGCGCCUGGACGGUGGUCCUGUUGGCCAAGGCAGAGCGGCAGUUUGUCAAUGAAUGGGCAGCCGAGAUUCCGGGAGGUCUGGAAGCAGCGCGGCUCAUAGCAGACGAACUGGACUACGAACUUCUGGGACAGAUUGGGUUACUGGAAAAUCAUUAUCUACUUAGACAUAAGAACCACCCUAGAAGAUCUCGACGAAGUGCUUCUCAUAUCACUAGACAACUCACAGAUGAUGAUCGUGUGACUUGGGCAGAACAACAGUAUGAAAAAAAGCGAACUAAGCGUUUUGAAUUAGGAGACUCAGCAGAAAAUCUAUUCAAUGACCCAAUGUGGAGCCAGCAAUGGUACCUGCAAGAUACAAGAAUCAACCGAUCUUUGCGCAAAUUGGAUCUCCAUGUCCUUCCAGUGUGGCAAAAGGGCAUCACAGGCAAAGGAGUUGUCAUAACAGUGCUCGAUGAUGGCUUGGAAUGGAAUCACACAGACAUUUACUUUAACUAUGAUCCUGAUGCAAGUUAUGAUUUCAAUGACAAUGAUCAUGAUCCAUUUCCCAGAUAUGAUCCUACUAAUGAAAAUAAACAUGGGACACGGUGUGCAGGAGAGAUUGCCAUGCAAGCAAACAAUCUAAAAUGUGGAGUUGGAGUGGCAUACAAUUCCAAAGUUGGAGGGAUCAGAAUGCUGGAUGGCAUAGUCACAGAUGCCAUUGAAGCUAGCUCAAUUGGGUUCAAUCCUGAUCAUGUGGAUAUUUACAGUGCCAGUUGGGGUCCAAAUGAUGAUGGGAAAACUGUGGAGGGACCUGGCAGACUGGCCCAAAAGGCUUUUGAAUAUGGAAUUAAAAAGGGAAGAAAAGGGAAAGGUUCCCUUUUUGUCUGGGCCUCAGGGAAUGGUGGCCGCCAAGGAGAUAAUUGUGACUGUGAUGGUUACACAGACAGCAUCUACACAAUCUCCAUCAGCAGUGCUUCUCAACAAGGCCAUUCUCCUUGGUAUGCAGAAAAGUGUUCCUCAACACUGGCCACAGCAUACAGCAGUGGGGACUAUUCUGACCAGAAAAUUAUAAGUGCAGAUCUACACAAUGAAUGCACAGCCACUCACACGGGGACGUCUGCAUCUGCUCCUUUAGCUGCAGGGAUUUUUGCUCUAGCCCUAGAAGCAAAUCCUAAUCUAACCUGGAGAGAUGUGCAACAUUUGGUAGUCUGGACAUCUGAAUUCGAUCCACUGGCCAACAAUCCAGGAUGGAAGAAGAACGGAGCUGGGCUGAUGGUGAACAGCCGAUUUGGAUUUGGAUUACUCAAUGCUAAAGCACUGGUAGAUUUGGCUGAUCCCAAAAGCUGGAAAGGAGUGCCAGAAAAGAAAGAAUGCAUAGUUAAGGACAGUGACUUUCAGCCGAGGUUAUUAAAAUCUAGUGGUGAAGUUACCAUUGAAAUUCCUACCACAGCUUGUGAAGGCCAAGAAAAUGCCAUUAAAUCCUUGGAACAUGUACAGUUUGAAGCAACAAUUGAAUAUUCCCGCAGGGGUGACCUUCAUGUGACCCUGACAUCCCCAUCAGGGACAAAAACAGUCUUACUGGCUGAACGACAAAGAGAUAAAUCACCCUAUGGUUUUAAGGACUGGGAUUUUAUGUCAGUUCACACCUGGGGUGAGGAUCCAACAGGAACAUGGAUUUUAAAAAUAAUUGAUACGUCUACAAGAAUACAAAAUGAAGGCAGGAUUGUGAACUGGAAAUUGAUUCUGCAUGGCACUUCUACACGACCUGAACAUAUGAAGCAACCUCGCAUCUAUACAUCAUACAACACUGUCCAAAAUGACAGAAGAGGGGUAGAAAAGAUGAUAGAUUCCUUGGAGGACCAUACCACCCAAGAAAACCUGAGUGACAAAUACAAAGUGAGAGGAAGCAAACAGCAGAACCAAGAUGUGGUUCCCUCUGAUGCAAUGCUCCGUUUACUCCAAAAUGCAUUCCGUAGUCAGCUGGUUGGGAAUCAUUUACCGAAGAAGAUGCUAAAUGAAAACACAGAUAUUCCAUAUGAACAUUUCUAUCAAGCUCUCGAGAAACUAAACCAAGGCCCGCAGCUGAGAGACUCAGAAGAGUCUCUAUAUAGUGACUAUGUUGACCUUUUUUACAAUUCAAAAUCAUAUAAACACAGGGAUGACAGACUACUUCAAGCUUUGAUUGAUAUUCUAAAUGAGGAAAAUUAAAAAAAAGUCCUUCACAGAAACACUAGGUUGGAAAUAUUCACAUUUGCAAUGCAUUCCUAAUUUCAAACUUGCCUCCUUCAGGAAUGAGUAAAACCAACAUCUCUAGGAAAUAGCAUAAAUUCACUGCAACAAUUUUGUUUAUUAUCCCUCUGUACAAACUACAAAUAUUUUAGAUUUUAUUUCCAUUUUUAUUUAUCUCAAAAUGUAAAGUUGUUUGGAGAUACUAGGAGACUUGUCUGUUUUUCUAUUAGGGUCCCUGGGCACAAAAAAGCAUAGUGCUAGAAGGCUACAUCCGUGCUUUAGGUAUAUAAUACAUUUAAAAUAUAGCUCAGAUGAGAGUGAAAGGGGGCGAAGCUAAAUGUGCAAUUAAUAGUAUUUCAAGGGGAAGGCAAAAUAUGUCUUCCUACUGAUUUAGUGAACACUAUUCUGAUCAUGCUUGCAACUAAAUAAAUCCCAUUGAUUUCAAUGGGUCUUACUCUCAGAUAAAAUAUACAUAGGAUUAUAACUCUAUUGAAUUCAUGGGGAAGACUUGCAAAAGAAACAAGGCAGUAUCCUCAUAAUACCCUGCCAAUUUCUUUCAGCCCAAACAUUAAAAUGUAUUUACUUUAGAUCCAGUUUUUAUUUUAUUUUCCCUCAUAGCUUCCUUUAAAAAAAAACCUGCCGCUCCCUUUGUUUGGUAAAUCUCAACAAACGUGGCACCUCUUCAUUCUGUUCUUUUCAUCAGGAGAACUUAUUACAUUAGACAAGCCAGGCACAGAUUUGGGAAAAAUCAAAGUUUCUUUAUUUCACAGGAACGUUUGUUCUUGUUUAUCUCACAAGAAGAGUUUGCUAGUAAAAGCAGUCUACGGUAACUAGAGUUGAGUCCUAAUGGGAAAGCAUCAGAUUUUCUCCUUCAAUUGUAUGAAUAUCAGCCUUUGUUGGGCUCUCAGGUUCAUACAGUUCAAGAGAGAAUUCUCAGAAGAGAGAAAGGAUUUUUUUUAAAAAAAAGAAAGAACAUUCUAAAUAUAAAUGUCAAAACACUGACUAGCAUUAUAAUUGGCAUUCUAUUUUUUUUUCACCCAUUGAUGUCACUUUUCCCAGCAUCCAGUUAAGAGACUGAUGUCUGUUCAAAACUGAUAUGAUAAGUCAAUAAUUAAAGACCAGAGAGGCCUUUUAAAGUAAUAAAAUAUUCUUUAAAAAAAAAUGGUUUGGCUGUUACAUUACACGUGGCAGCAUUUAUAGAGAAUAAGGAUUAGGGUGAAGCCUGUCAGAGACUGAAAUAGAUAAAAACAUGGAAAAGAAAUCAUGAAGAAAAAAUAGGCAUAAAAAGGCUACAAGAUAGAGAAAGAAAGAAAAAAGGGGUGGAAAGCAAAUUACGGGCUGAAAGCUAUGUCUGAAAAAUUACUUUCUCAUUUAACUAAAGGUAUGAUAAAAAAUCAGUAAGAUUCAAAACAACAUAUAAAUCAUACCUUUUUCCCAAAGUGCAUGUUUUUAGUACAUGUAGUCAGUUACUAAAAUCAAAACAAUCAUAUUACCAAAAUGCUCUGGUUUUGCCUCAGAAUUACAUUUAGGCCCACAAACAUUAGACUCGGAACACAGGUUGCCACCAUGCCUUAGAUUAAUCAAGUCUUCUUGAAUUUUAGCAAGUUGGUCUUAUUGGUUCUGGAUGCUCCAAAAAAUGGGCUGGAGGAUUCAUGCAGUCCAUAGUUUGCCAACACGUGGCUUAAGAUCUCAGAGCAAAACAUCUCAUUUGGGAAAAGCUUAUUUUCCAUUUAGUUUACUAGUCAUGAGCUUCCAAGUACAAAAAUGGAGCAACGGGGACAUCAUCUCUUCAUCACUUGCAUGGAAAGACAUCAGUUUCCAUUCUGAUCAUGGUCUAAAUAGUCCAGCAUGAUCAGCAUGGAAAGGAUAGCAGCCAAGAACAGGUUAAAUCAGACACACUUCUUACCUGCUGCUAACCAUUUCUUGCAGGGAAGGCAAUCUUGGUGGUUUUUUUAACAUUUUGAUAUUUUGGGAAGAGGUUUUUUAUGAAUUUCAUAAAUUCUAUUAAAGGAACAGAAUUAUAAUAAGAAUCAUAAUUAUCCUUUUCCCCCUUAACGUGAACAUGGUAUUGUUUUUACACUGAAUAAAUUUCAUUAGUAUUUUUCACCAAUAUUCUGUAUUUGCAAUAAGAGUAGCAGAAAGUUCAGAGAGAGAAUCAUCUAAAGAGAAAGCAGGAAUAGAAUUCAAGAUGUGCUCAUACAAGGCUAGCAGAAAGAAGAAGAUGUGCUUUUAUUCUCCACAAUGACAAAGGGUAGGACAAGAAGCAAUGGAUGGAAGUUUUAUAGAGAAAGAGAUUUAAACUUAACAUUAGGAGGAAUAUCCUGAUUGUGAGAAUAGUUAACUUGCCUCUGAUCCCGGAAGUCUUCAAACAAAGUCAAACAAUCAUUUUAUUUAUUUUUAUUUAGUUUGUCAAACAUGUACGAGAUAACAGUUAUAAGUAUGAACAUGGACGUGAACACAGGAAAUGGGGACAAUAGGACAGGGACAGUAGGCACGCUGGUGUGCUUAUGCCUGGUGCAUUAUGCUUAUGCAUUUGUCUUGUGUAAUAUAAGACUUCCUCCCGUAAGCAGAGGUUGGACUAGAAGACUUGAUACCUUCCAGCCUAUGAUUUUAUGAGAAACACACAACAAAUUAUAGGGUACUUCCUUUAUUAAAUAGUCAAAAAGGAAAUAUAUGUUGCACAUGUCACUUUGGCUGGAGUCAUACAUGUCUUUUUUCUUUUGGUUUUAUGCUAUGUGGUUCUAAAAGUUGUUAAAAUACUCCAUAGCUUAAUGCAAUGUGUGGACCCAGUCAGGAUUUGAAUUCUCAUUUCUAACUUAAACUGUGAAUUUUACAAAUUUCUGUCCAGAGGGAACAGCCGUAGCAUUAUUAUAGUGUAAAUUGUCAUUCAAUAAGAGCAGUUGUUAGUGUAGUAUAUUGUUGUCCUGCUCCUUUAUAGACACGAAUUAUACUUUAUUCUUUGUUUACAGUCAGUAUCCAUAUUGUAGCCAAAAUUAAAUGAAAUCUAAAUUAUCUUGUGCAAAUUCUAUUAAUGUGAAUGUUUCCAACCUAUACUGAAUCCUAAGAAUGCUAAGUUAUUUUGGUUAAGUCUUUUCUUGGUGCCAAUAUGUGUUUGUGAAAAUGUAAAAUGAAAGACAAAAAUGUUUUAUGUCAAAGAAAAUGAACAUUAUAUUUUCUUUACAGGUAUUUAUAAAGUAUUAAAGCUUUUAUCAGAUAUAAUU